ACGUCAUCCACGAACCCAGUCGCAAUUUAACACUCGUGAUAAUAAGUCAGAAAAUAUAUCGACGCAGUGAUGCCGGACAAGGAAUUCGCCUGUGGUCUAAAAUACCAGACCACAGCAUACAUCGUCUGCGGCGUGCAAGUGGGCCUCAGCGUGGCGCUCAUCAUCACUGGCGGUGUCAAUAUUGACUACAAGAGCUGCGAUAAUGCCUCCGAGUGCUACUAUGAGAACUUUGUGCCUUGGGAGAUGGUCAUUGGUGGCAUCGUGAGCCUCACGGCUGCUACGCUCCUCUGGAUCGGCGCUCGAUCAACGAGAAUUGUGACACUACUUGCCUUCGCGGGCAUGACUGCUCUAUGCGCACUCAACUUCUUCUUCACCGCAAUAUAUGGCAUCGUGGAAGAAGAAUCUGAAGCCUUCGCAAUCGUGCUGCUCUUCAUCUCGGCGAUUUUCUUCCUCUUUUCACCGGUCUUUGCCCUCAUGUACCGAAGAGUUAUUAUAUCCGAAUUGCCUCCACCCCGCGUUGUGUUGGCCACUCCAUACGUCACGACCGCCCCCUAUCCCGGCCAAGUUGUCCUUGAACCAAUUCCAAUGUCCGGAGCCUAUCCUCACGCAGGGGCUAACUACGGUGUUUCUUACACGAUCCCUCAGUCUUCAUACGGCGCCCCUCCUCCUUCGUACGGCGUCCCACCGCCUUCAUACGGCGCCCCUCCGCCUUCAUACGGCGCAUCUCCUUCAUACGGCACCCCUCAGGCAUCAUACAGCGUGGCUGCACCACAGCCCAGUCCUUCAGCCAAAGGUGCAAAUCCGGACAAUGCACCAUACCCGUAGCCCUCAGCGAGUGAUGUGGAUCCACCUUCGAAUCAUACAGUAUGAUGUUAUCCGAGCUUCUGUCAUCCCAUACAUCUGAUAAUGAAAUAACUUUGUUUAAAUGUCGCUUCAACGACAUGAACUCGUAAUCAACGUGGCUUCAAUAUCACUUGCCUUAACUGAUGUCUUUCACUGCUGUGCAAGCAUUCUCUCUUCCUACCCGGAUUUAUUAGAUACCGAGUCAAAAGACGUGACAUUAAAUCAAAGACAUUUAAAUAUAUUGAAAAAAUCUGCCUCAUCCAUUGUCUGUUUAACUGUGUUUCGCUUCUUGCCCCUACCCUAUCGGCGGCGGCGGGCUAUCUAUCAUCCCAUAGGGCCUCCUGCUAGGGGCCCAAGCCCCCGAACCCGACUACUUCGCCCCCAGGUUUACCUACCUCCUACCCUGACCGCCACUAUCUAAUCCUAGUCACAGCCCCGCCUUCAGCUUCAUCAUCUCUCAAUUCACCUCAGUCCCCACCAACCUUCGGCAUCAUUUGAUUGCUCAGGACCACAGACUUACCGUAUCCAACUUAGAAAAUCGAUCACAGAAUAUCGAGUGAAAGACUUGGAGUUUUCCAUUCGACUUUUAUAGAACUACACCAGUUUGGGCGAAGUGUUGAAUAUCGAAGAUGUUUGAGGCCAGAAGGGGAUUAAUUCAGGAAAAAGUACCAAUUAGAUUUGUCAACACCUUUAAACCAAUUAACCUACCCAUCAAACAAAAUACAUGGACGAUACCUACUGUUUCGAAGGAACAGAACGUACGCAUUCAGGCUAAAACACCCACCAAAUCCUAUAAAUGCAAUAAGCAUAGUUUAAUUUCAAUUUCUCCUUCCCUUCCGUCCAGUCUGUGACACCUCUAGUUUUUCCUUAUUUUACUAGCGGCACUAUACUGGUGAUUCAUUUUAAACAUGAACCAGUUUGCGGAGUGUAUUCAGAACAUUUUACUCGAAAUUAUCGACUUUUAUUACUAGUAAAUGUACGUUUUUAAAUUUGAACUUUUUGUGCCUUUUAUCACAAUUAAUUAUUUCAGAAGGCAAAUAGAUAUUUUCACACUCAAAAUGAAGUUAAAGUUAUGAUAUCGUUUAUUCGUAUUGUAUGGUUAUUGAUAUAAAUGUGUGAAUUAUGA